UAGCUUUAAAGACCAAAUCGUUUACUAUCAAUCAGUUGAGUAGCGGUAAGCCUAAUCUAAUUUUCGGUUGCCAAAGUUAUGAAGUCACACCUAGAGGUUUGGGCUGCAUACGUGUGUUUUUGAGAAAGGGUAUUAGUGACACUCCGGACUGACGCGCAUGCAUGUAUCGGCGUCAGCGGCGCCCCUGACGCGGGGGGGGAGAAGCGCACCGGAGCGCAGCAGUCACACAGAUGGUCAGUCCCGUUGUCGGUGCGGGUAACCUGUUCACCAUGAGCCACGAGCCCCGCGCGCUCAGCCGCCUCUCCACCGCGCUGGUUCUGGUUCUGCUUCUGCUGCUGCUGCCGCACGGCCCGGGGCGCGUGGCGGAGCUCGCGGUGGCGGCGGAGUACUCCUCCAAAAGCGACCUGGACUACGAGUUCGCGGACUACCGGGGGAAGUGGUGCAUCGACGACCACGGCUUUGUUUACGGCAUCGGAGAGGUUUAUUACCCGAGCCCCACGGCGUGUCCGUGCACGUGCACCGUGGACGGUCCCGUGUGCAUCCGACCCAAGUGUCCCCGCAUCCACCCCCGGUGCACGCGGAUGGGAUACAAGGAAUGCUGCCCGGUGUGCGAGGCCAUGGCCAGGGUCUGUGUCUACGGGGGCAAAACGUACCGGCUCCUAGAGGAGUUCAGGUUGUCGAGGUGUGAGCGAUGCCGCUGCCAGGCCAACAGAGAGGUGUACUGCAGCAUUUCGGACUGCCCCGCCCCUCACUGUGUCAACCCCACCUACGAACCCAACCACUGCUGCCCCAUCUGUAAGACUGGUCCCAACUGCUUUGCUGGGAACAGGGUGAUCCCGGCGGGGGAACGUGUGAACGUCGACGAGCGGUCGGUAUGCUACUGCACCUAUCGGGAUGGGACGUGGCACACCCAUCCCCACGCCACCUGUGAGCAGCGGCCCGAGCCCAGCCCAACACCCAGCGCCCGCACCGAGCCCCCCGGGGACAAGGAGUCCAGGAAAAGGUCCUUUCUUCCCAGACUGGCUGUGAUACCAUGAAGUGGAGUGUUCAACAAAAGUCUCAUGGAGAGUGACAGAGGGGAAGUGUUGGGUGUCGGUGGUAGCCUGCUGGUUUCCUUCUGUAUGAGCAGAGCGGGGCCAGAGAUGUCCAAGUAGUCCACACACACACACACACACACACACACACACACACACACACACACACACACACACACACACACACACACACACACACACACACACUCACAGUGCUGAGAAUGACUGUGUAAGCAGAAAAAUGGAUGAUUCAUACACAUAACCUUGAGUAACAUAUGGUAUACUUGAUGUUAAGAGUAGGCUACAUGCCAGUCGGCAUUCGUCAAUCAUAUUCCUGUUAGUGUAAGUUUGUGAUGAUAUGGACUCGCGUGUCAAAGUGCUAAUUGCCAGGGCGUGUAUAGAUAACCAUAAAUCCCUCUGUUUAAACAUCUCUGUGCAUUUUCUGUCCUAUCCUUGUGUUUUAGAGCAGAAAAGAGUUUCAAGAGUUUCUUUGCAACUUUUGAACGUGUUUUCAAAAAUGAAAAUGUCAACAUGUAUCCAACAUAUUAGCAAAUAUUAACCAGAAAAAAAAACAUUGAUGAUAGACUUACUGGCCUAUAGGUAAGGAAUUCACUAAGUUAACUUUAUAUUUAAUUUUAUAGAAUAUGUAGUAGCGGGUCCCUGCUCCAUCUCUCUCUCUCAGAUAAGGGGUCCAUGGGUUAAAAAAUGUUGAAGACCCCUGUUCUGUUCUAUGGUGGAGACUUGUCCUGUGUAUUGCUGAUUAGAGAACUGUCAGCCAGUUUAAAUCAAAUGCUCUACAGCAGUGUUUCUCAAAUGGAGAUACUUUGGAGUACUGCAGGCGGUAGGUGAGAUUUUUUGCUAAUUUGAAAAAAUGUCAUGAGUCCUAAAAUAAUUAUACUAUUAAAAGUGAAUGAAUUUAGUGAUGAUUCUAAACAUUUGAGAUAGCAUUCAAGUAUUUUUUUUCAGUUACAAGGCUGAUGGAUGGUGCAGCACUGUAAUGUACUUCUUUAUAUGUAAUUCCUACCGAAACUGUUUCGUGCUGGGCUGAAAAAAAUAUUGUAAAGGGGGUUCAUUAUUGAAAAAAUGUUUAAGAACCACUGCUCUCAAGGACAGUAUUUAACGGUUUAUAACUUUCCCCAGUGGUUGUCUUACUGUAGUCAGAAUGUUUUUCUUUUUCUUAUGUUGUCAUGUAUCUCAUCUGUAAGUAGCAAGCUACUAUGUAAGAAUUGUAAAUUAUCUAUAAACUGAAGGUUGUAAAAUAAAGCUUUCAGGCUUCUUCU